UUAAAGAGACGUCGCACAACGUUUGCCGUCUGGCAUCGAUUGAAAUUUCAGUUUGGCGAGACACCCUUGUUCAGUGCAUUAUUGGCACGGCUGUGCGACACCCUUGCCUGUCCUCCCACGUCGCUUCCUAAACUCAGAUGCAGCUUGAUAGACAACUUCUGGGAUCGCCCUGUAAGCUGUCAGUUGCUCCACGGCUUCAGCCACAGCCACUGCGGCAAUGGCAGAGGAGUUGCCGAACACAAGCGCUACGUAGUAAAGGGCGUGAUGGACGGGGCCCGGGUGCCGGUCAAGGAGCGUCGUUGUCGUCAUCCUGGGUGUUGCCGACCAGCCUUGUGUCGGAACGGCGCGCCAAGGACGGUGACCUGACAUCCGACUCUGCGGCCUCAUCCGAACCAUUGACCGUCUACACCAUCCGCCUGACCACCAGCCCAGCCCGCGGCUCCGCGCUGUCAGACCCCUAUGCCGCGGUCAACGUGUGCCUCAUAGGCGAGAGCGGCCGGGGCGCGUUGCUGCGGAUCAGCCAGGUGAACGAUCCACUAGAAUCGAGAGCUCACACAUUGGAGAUGUGCCAGCUCAUCGGCCCAGAAGUUGGCGCGGAUUGCAGCCUAGCGGUGGAGGAGGGGGCGGAUGCGCCCUUCCCUGCACCAGCAGCGGCACCCAGGGGAGGUGCCGGGGCUGCUGCCUCCACAGCGUCCUCCUCACAGCCUCAUCCGCAGCAGUCCGCAAACGGCGCAGCUGCUACCAGCAGUGGCUCCAUCAGUAAUAGCAGUAAUGGCAGCAGCAGCAGCAGUAGCAGCCUAGGUGCAGGUGGUACCAGGAGGAAUCUAGUGGGGCGUCCUCCGCCUCCCCCGCCCCCCAAGCGGCGCUUCCAGGAGGGCUCCGUGGAUGAGGUGAGCCUGUUGGUCCCGGAGCUGGGUCCGCUGUCCGGGCUGCUGGUGGGGGUGGAGGGCGGCAGCUGGGGGCUGCAGGAGGCGGAUGUGGUGUCAUCGCGCACACGGCACAUGGACAGGUUCGUGUGCCGACGGCUGCUGGGGGCGAGGGCGGGCGAGGGCGCCGCGCUGCUGCCCCCCGUGCCUGCGGGGGCGGUGGUGUACGGGGAGGGGGAGGCGGCGGUGGUGCUGUCGCAGGACCAGGCCUCCGCCCUGCGCUCCCUGGGUCUAGCGCACUACUCCGCCCUCAAGCGCCGCCUCGCCGCCGCCACCGCGCUGCUGGUGGCCACGGGGGGGUGUCUGGCGGCGCUGACGGGCGGUGCGGCGGCAGCCAUGCCGUACACUGCAGGCGGGGUUGUAGGCCUGGUGUACCAGUGGCUGCUGAUGCGGGGUGUGGACCACGUGAUGGAGGCUGCCUCAGCCUCGGCCUCAGCCUCGACAGCACAACAACAGCAACAGUUGCAACCACCACCCCAACACGGUGCUGCAGCCGCACCUCAUGACAGCAGCACCCCUAGCAGCAGCAGCAACAGCGACAGCACCCCUAACCCCAGCGUCAACACCAUGCACGGCUCGUCCGCAGCAACCGAGCAGCAGCACCAGCACCAGCACCAGCAGGAGGAGGUCGCCCCGGUCGUGGCUUCUGUGCAAAACCCUGAACCCUCAGCAUCCGCAACAGCAGCACAAGCAGCAGAAGCUUCCAUCCCAGGCGGCAGUGGCGGGCUGGGCGGUGCCGCGGGUCGGUUGCUGGGUGCUGCGCCGCUGCGGCUGGGGCUGGUGUGCUUGUCCGCGGCAAUGGGGCUGGCGAUGCUGGCUAGGCAGGAGGCGGUUACGGGCGGUGUGGCCGGCGGACUGUCCCUAGUGGGGCCCCUGGACGCCUCUUCGCUCUUCUCCUCCCCCGCAACCACCAGCGCAACCGCCACAACCGUCACCACCGCUACAGUUGCCCCCUUGACCACUGUGGCGCCCACCAACCCAACUGCAGCCUGGCAGUUGGCUCUGGGUGCUCUUGGAUUCAUGACGUACAAGGUGGCGAUGGUGGGGGUGGUAAUGGGAGAUGAUGCGGCAGGCGGG